AUGGGCCCCAAAGCCCUGUCGAUCUCCGAAGUGCGCUUAUUCGAGGAUCAUCCGGCGAAUGCUACAAUGCAGGUGGUCCAAGGCAAGCUCAGUGCCCGCUUCUUCCGGAUCAUCCAGCGCCAGUCGAUAGAUGCCAAUCAGGAUCAGCCUUCCUCGCCAAAUCGAAUGCGUUGGGGCCAGACGGCCCGGAAGCAGGUUGCGAUCAAUCCCAAGGCCAAGAAAGACGUGGACUCAUUGAUGAAACGGUUUAGCCCCCGAUUCCUGCAAGAGUCCACAGCGGACAUCGGGCUUGACGACGAGGCUUUCAAUGAUUCCGCUGUACCGCUGCCGCUGGAUGAAGAGUCGGACCUGGAUCUGUAUGGCGAGCCGAUCGAGUCGUAG